AAACUGAAUGUGUAUUGUUGGUUAUAAAAAUCAAUAACAAGUUUUUAAAACAACAAAAUGAAGGAAAUCAAGAUGUUUACCGAUCACUAUAACGCAGGGUUUUCAGAGGUGUCUCCUGGCUUGGAGGCGGACCUAGUCGCAUGCCGGGCAUGUCUCGCUACGGACACCAAACUGUACAAGCUUGUUGGUGUACUGAAGGACACUUAUGAGUGUGUUACCGGCCUGCCGGUGUGACAAACAGACAAGCUGCCGCAGCAUGUCUGCGGCUGCUGCGGCAGUUUGCUCACCAAAUACAGGUGCUUCAAGGAGCGCAGCAGCGCCGCGCACCGGAUAAUGGGCGACAUACUACAGCAUUGCGGGCUCACUACGAAUAUAGUUCGCAACGUCGACAGAGUAUCAAAUAAGCUCCUUCUUAACUUCACAAUCGACAUAAACUCAAAAAUUAUCCACAUUGUACACGAAGAUAGCGACGUAAAGAAAUCCAACCAACAAGAUCCCAAAACUAUCGAUAAAGAUGAGACAGACAGACUUACAGAUGUCCUAGACGAUUUCGAGGAAAUAACAAAAACGUUAAACGAUGACGUAGAUUUAGAUUUAAUUGAUAAUGAAUUGGACAUGAACUAUGGAAGCCCUUGCAUAGACAGAGCUAAAAGCUUUAGUGUCGAGGAAUUGUUCAGAGGAAAAAUCAAUAAUGAUUUAAGUGACAUCAGUAAAAAUAUAAGUCAUGAUAUUGGAGAUCUUAUUAACAAAACUUUUAAAGGGAAAGUUUAUACUAAAAAUUCUGAGAAAGUAAAUCUUAUUGCUUUAAAAAAUGAAGAUACUAAUAGCACGUUUCGUGAUGCAGAAGAGGUGCUCAAAGCAAACAUUAAUGAUCUACCACCAGAUAUAACAUACAAUGAUGUUUCAAUGAUUGCUAAUGAUGUAAACGAUAAUGAUUCAAAUCUAGUCGACACUUUCAACAAUUUUAUUCUAGACCACGAUUAUUUAGACGAGAAAUUCUUAAUUGAAAGCACUGAUCUUGAAUUUACGAAAAAACAUGUCAUUUCUAAGAAAGCAGAUGAAGAUUCUUUACUUAGAGAGAUAAUACCUAACACAACUAAGGAUAAGAAUGUUACCUUCAAAGAACGCGAUAUUAAAACUAAGAAUAAGAAAAUCAAACCGGUUAAAAAUCUUUUGAAACUUAAACUUCUUAAUAAAGAAGGUAAACAAGAUACCAAAGAUUCAAAAACGAAUAAUAAAUGUAACAUAACUAUAAAAACAGAAGAUUCCAACGAUAAUAUUUCUACUAAACCAAUAAUAAUCAAGCCAGAACUUCCUAUAGAUGAUAAUAUUAAAUCAGAACUAUCGAAAGAGUUUAUCAAGUUCGGAGCGGACUUUAACUUUAGAAUCUUCGAGCUAAGCAGAGAAGAGCAGUUGGAAGAGUUGCAGAAGAAGAGAGAAGGAACGCUGUAUGUGAUCGCUCCGUACAAAUGCGUGGAUUGUGCGAAAGGAUUCAAGACUGUGGCGACGUAUGAGAACCAUCUAAAAGUACAUCAACCGAGUUACGGGCCAUUCGCGUGCGAUAUCUGCCGCUCGCGGCACAAGUCCGAGGCGCGCCGCCGCCGCCACUCCGAUACACACCGGUACAAGUACUGUUGCACGCGCUGCGAAGUCGUCGCUAGGACCAGAGAGCGCGCUGAGGCGCAUUACCACUGGCACGCUGGCAAGACGUUCUCGUGCCAAUACUGCGGCGAACAAUUCGGUAAAGUGUCGACACAUCUGUCGCACAUACGCUUGCAGCACCCGGCCGCGUGCGUGUGGUGCCCGCACUGCGGGGCCCCAUUCGUGGGAGCCCUGGGGCUUAGACAACACAUGCACCGCCGGCACCCAGAUGUAACGAACAGUGAGGGUUGUGUGGAGUGGUACUGUUUCACGUGCCGCAUACAGUUUCUCAACGCGCCGGCGUUUCUGCGGCACAAGGAGGCUGGCACCGCCUGCACAGACCUACGUUUUUGCUCUUCGUGUGGAGACGGUUUUGAGUCAGAUGAGGCGUUGCUGUGUCACCGAAAACUGCAUGCCGACACGCCAGCGCAGUGCCACAUGUGUCCCGCCUGGUUCUCAUCAGCGCGGUAUCUGGAGGCGCACGUGUCGCGCGCGCACGCCGCCGCCCCGCCCCGCGCGCGCGCCACCACGCGCCGUGUCCGCCCCCGAGACAAACCCGCCAUGUGCGAGCACUGCGGGAGGAAGUACCACUCCGCAGCCGCCCUGUCGUACCACCAGCGCUCGCACACGGGAGAGAAACCCUACGCCUGCACGCGCUGCCCGAAAAGCUUCGCCGUUAACCACUCGCUGCAGGCUCACAUCCGCACACACACAGGCGAGCGCCCGUACCAAUGCUCGCGAUGUCCGCGCGCCUUCCUCAACGCCAACAACCUCGCAAGGCACAAGAAAACCGUACACCUGGGCCAGAAGCAGUACGCUCGCUGCGCGGUGUGCCGCCGCUGGCUGUCGUCGCCGAGCGCCGCGCGCCUGCACGCCGCCGCCAUGCACGGCGCCACGCACAACCAAACCACAGUUUAAACAAAGAGUACUAUCGUACAGUAUGGCCACUCCCGCUCCCCGCUGUGCCGCACACCCCCUCUCGGUUACCUCACAGUUACCGCCUGUAAAAAACGCGAAAAGUCGAUCUGUAAUUUCACUCAUACAAGCAUAGUACGCGUUCACCUACACGAGCUUAGAAUGUGUGCUAGGAACGCGCCUCUUUCAUAUAUUUGAUCGCCAGUGUCCGAGGUGUGAUAAAGGUGUCAUCAGGAGUUCUUCAAUAAAUUUAAUGCACUGAAGUUA